AAAUACCAAAAGCAUGCAUGUGUAAGAUGUUGGCGCGCGCGUAUACAAAAACGAAUUCGCCACAUUUCCAUGUACAAUUUGACAAUAUGGCAGAUUAAGUGUGGCGUCAAAGAUUGGAAUAAAACCCACAACUCUAAACUCUGAGCUCAGCAGCAAGUGAUGGCAUCUUCUUCCUCUUCAACCUCCGCGCAUGUGAAUAACAACAAAAAGUUUGCUGUAGUCGCUGCUGCGCCCGCUGCCUCGCACUCGCUCUCGCUGGGUGACUUAAUCAGUUUACAAUUGGAAAGACUCAAUCUCAGUGAACUGGUGUACAAUGAUGAGCUGCAGUUGUUGCUGCUGUUGGAGGCGCCGCCGCAAAGGCGCACAAAACAAUCGAUGACAAAUAUACAAGUGGAGACGGAACAUGCUGCCAUUGUCGAUGGCGAGGAUGGCAAAGCGCCAUUGUCAAAGGCUGAAAGCGCCGACGACCUCAUUGGGGCUGUGGGCGGGCUGAGCAUGUCACCCACGAGCGCGACCAAGGAGCCACAGCUGGAUUUCAGGACUCACGUAAUGAAAUGGUUUCAGCAACUACGCAAGCAAACUGCCAGCUUCAAAUCGGAUGAGGAAUCGCGACGGAUACGUGAGGCGGGCAAUGAUUCAUACCGAAAGGAGCGGCACGCUCUCAAAGCAUGCGAUUUUUUCACCGAGGCAAUGUUCUUGGCUCCGGCCAAAAACAGUUUGGCAGCAGCCAUCGCCCAUGCCAAUCGCUCUACAGUGCUCCAUGACUGCGGCAUGUAUGCGCAAUCCUACGACGACUGUCUGUGCGCAUUGGAUCUAGGCUAUCCAGAAGAGUAUUUGCCAUUAGUUAAGCUGCGCCAAGCCUCAUGUGCCUUAAAAAUGCGCAAUUUUACGCUCUGCGAGGAGCAUUUGCAUGAGCUCCUGCAUAUGGAACUGAACGAGGUGUUCGAGACGCGCACACACGAGCUGUGGCAUCAGUGCGAGGUCCUCAAGUCGGAACGCUUCGAGAUGGCCGUGCAAACAGGUGACGAUCUGGAAACACAUGAGUCCAAGUGCUAUGAAAUCGCCUGGUAUGGCAAGACAUCCAGCAUGCGCACCAUCAGACCCGUGGCUAAGAAUUCAACAGUUUUCGAGGAGGAAGCGCUUGUGAUGGUGCCCAGCGGCAAUAGUCGGCUCUGCGACAAUUGCGGCGUGACCAAGUUUGUUGAGUUCCCCUGCAUUUACUGCUCCAAUCGGACGGCCGUCUAUUGUUCGCGCCAGUGCCGCUUCAAGCAUGCGCCCAUCCAUGCUCUGGAAUGCUUCGCCCAUCAGAUAGAGCUCUUUGAGGCAUUGGGCGAUGUGUUUGCCAUGCCACGGCUCAUACAAUUGGCUUUUCGCAUGCUCAUUACGGGCAUGCCUCAAGUCGUCGGGCAUUUUCGCAAGAAACCCACGCUCAAUAAGCUCUGGGCCGCCUUCAAUGGCGUCCUAACCGAACGGACGGACAUUGCCUACUGCUCGCUGCUGCGCCUGGAGACACACACGGAUGCACAGGAUGUGGAAACACUUGCCGCUUUAGCGGUUGUGGCCCAUGUGCUUGCCAUAUACCUGAGCAAAUGCACCACAUUUUUUGAUCAGCUGGAACGCAACAUGUCCACAUCUACGAAGCUGUCCAAAUGCGAAUGGGAAUUGCUGACGGCGGCCCUCCUGCUGCGUCACAUUUGCCAGCUGCGUCACAAACAUCUCGUACACUGCCAGUCCUUUGUUCUGCCUGCCGAUCCGCACAUCUUUUCACCGCUCAACGAGUUCCAGCUCUGGUCAGCGCCCAUGCACGUCAAGUCGGGUCAUUUGCAUUUGAUAGCCGGCGAUGUCGCUGUUGUGGCCUACACCGUCUAUCCCUGCACACUGAGUCUCUGUCAACAGUCCUGUGCCGACAGCAUUUCCAAAAAAUUCUCCGGGCGUACACUCACCGCUUUGGCUCUGUCGGAUAUACAGGCUGGUGCCACUAUUUACAAUUGCUUUUGCUCCAGUGGCAACUAUCAGCAAACGACACGUGAGGAACGGCUAGAGGAGCUGCAAUGUCGUGGCAUCAACUGCCAAUGCGAGAAGUGUUUGCGCAGCAAUCCCGACGAAGAUUUUCAAAAAUUCCAUCGAUAUCGUUGUGAUAACCCCCAGUGCAUGCAAAUCUUUACACCAACCACACUGCAGCAUGCACGCAAUCUGCGAUGGUGGCUCUCCGAAUAUUAUACGCAGCCGGAGCAAAAUGGGGGCGAACUGUUGAUUUGCAGUCAAUGCGACGAGGCGCAGAAACUGGAAUGGUUCUGGACCUUCACCAACUCGCUGCUGGACUGCGAAUUGAUUGAGGAGCGUUGCAAACUCUAUGGGGCUAUAGAACGUGCCGAUGCGCAACUAAUGGAACUUCACGAAUGCAAAGCAGCUAUGGCCCGCCAACUGCUGGAGCAGUGUCUGAUGGUGCAUCGAGAAGGCGCCGCUGUCUUAGACGAUUGGGAGUUCAAUAAAUUGGGUUCCAUUAUGCGUAGUGCACUGCCCAGCGCUGCCGCCCAGCAUGGCUCUCAAUCCCUGGAAUAUGUGAAGCAUUUCGCCUACUUCUGGGAUAUUGUGGCACUAAGCAACUACAAGUGCACAGAUCGAGAACUAAUGCAAAUGUUAAACGCACUGGAAUUCAUACCGGAUGAGUACAAGGAGAUAUUCAUAAACUACUACGAGGAUUAUAUUGCGCCCAAAUUUGCUGAAGAGUCCUACGGCAGCAUUAUGGAUACUCAAGUCUAAUAAUAUGCUACCUAAAAUAGCCAUUAACUGGAGCACAUAGAGAGAAAGGAGAGAAGGAACGCGCGCGCAUAGGAAAAUUUUUCAAUAUCCAUAGGAAAAACCAAAAUACAAGGCUCUGCUCCAUUUUUGAAAUUUGUAGAUCCAUCAACACAUAUGCUUUGACAAUAUGAAACUAUUGUUGAAUCACACUAUGCAACAGAAUUGUAAACACACUCGUAUAUAGAUCUCACAACUUUUUUCGGAUCUGUUUGAGUUGCUCAGAAAACACAAAAACUUGAAGCUAAAUCGAACAUUUGGUUCGCCAAAUAUUUAUCAUAUAAGAAGGCAUCUUUAUUCAUAAUUGGUUGCACUUGUUAGCUAUUUAAACAAUUAAUAUUUGAAACCAAACUUUUGUUUAAUGUUUAACAUUACUUUUGAACGAAAACCGAUAAAGAGUUAGCUAUAUUCUAAGCAGU